AUGUCUCUAGUCCACAUUAAUGUUUUAAUUGCCUUUACAGUAUCCCUCACAGGCUUAUUAAUGUAUCGAUCCCACCUAAUAUCCGCAUUACUAUGUCUAGAAGGUAUAGUAUUAUCAUUAUUCAUCUUAGCGGCCCUUACAAUCCUAAACACACACUUCACCCUAGCCAACAUAAUGCCAAUUAUUCUCCUAGUAUUUGCAGCCUGCGAGGCAGCUAUCGGACUAGCCUUACUGGUCAUAGUCUCCAAUACAUAUGGUACCGACUAUGUACAAAACCUCAACCUCCUCCAAUGCUAA